AUGGAGAUUGUUUCUUGUUCAUCUUCUUCUUCAGAAACCAGUGCUGAAUCUGAAACGGUCUCUGUUUGUCUUAAAUGUGGCAAUGAAGGUUUUGAAGAGACUUUGGUAUAUUGCUUCAAAUGUCAAGGUUAUGCACUGCAUAGGUAUUGUUUAGAUGGUCCUGUGGUUUUUACAGACGAGGUUAUUUGGUUUUGUGAGGAUUGUGACGUAGAGGUAAUCGAUGUAGAUUCUUCUGAUAACGAGAUUGUAGAUUCGAAAAACGAUGAAGUUAGUUUCAGCGAGGAUUGGGAGCUAGGGGUAAUAGGCGUAGAUUUUUCUGAUAAAGCGAUUGCAGAUUCAAAAAACACUGAAGUUAACUCCAGCGAAGAUUUUGAUCAAGACACGGCAGAUUCAGAGAAAUUUGAAGUUGAUUCCGGAUAUGGAUGUGAGAAUGUGGCUGACUCGCAUCCUAUUGCUGAUCCAAUAUGGAGGGGAAGUUUAAGGCUUAUCAACAAAAGCUUUGAAUUAAUGGCUCAUUUAUCCAGUCUAGCAUGCCCAAGAGUUCAUGAAGUUUCAAGACAUCUCCCUAAUGUGCUUUAUGCUGACUUGUUUCAAAGAUCAUCUGUAUGGCCAAAUCUUUUCAUGAAAUUUGGAGCACAAAAUAUAGACAUUGGCCUUUAUUUCUUUCCUCAGAAUGAAAGGGUUGAGAGAUUAUUUGACGAACUAGUUUAUGAAAUGAUUUUCAAUGAUCUUGUCAUAAGAGCUGAGGUUGAAGUAGCCGAGCUUUUAAUUUUUUCUUCUACAACGCUUCCAAGCGAAUAUAGGAGAAUUCAAUCAAAGUAUUACUUGUGGGGACUUUUUAGAAAAAAGCAAACACCAUCCUAA